AGUGGUAGGGUUCAGUCGUAGCGUGAACGCUUAUUGCACCAAUCAGUCAGUGCCGUAAUAAAACCUCCUCACCAACAUCACCAACCAACAAGUAGCCUGCUGUAAACGAAAGACAGAUGUGUACUUUAUGAAUCGCCUACUUGGAUUAGCACUUCUGUCAAAAUCAUUGCAAAAACUGUAGUGCCGUGACACGGAUGUGAGACAUAUUUGUUGAAAAAAAGUGUAAUUUUACAAACUCGAAUUAUGCGAUAUUGACCCUUCGAGGAGUCGAAGGCAUCAAAAUCUUGUGACGCAAAAGGUUUUCAAACGCAACAAUGGAAAACGGGAAGGCCAUUUGCUGGCUGCUGUUCGGGCUCAGUUUGGUUUUCCUAGUAAACUCCGGGGAUGUUUCGAGCAGUGGGAAUUCCCCGAACAAGGGAGGUGAACUAAACGCGACUGUGUCGCAAGUGAUACAGGCUUUAGGGGAUAGCCCCUACCAUGGCGAUAGCAGUCAGGAACAUUCGAAACGGGGUCGCAUCUUUGCCAGAAAAGGAGUCGAUAUGAAUGUAACUACGACGACUACGACUACGACCUCAGCGCCUACUGUUGCAAUAGCGCCGAAAGCCAGCGAAGCGCAACAGCUGAACAAUGUUACAACGGCGGCGUCUAAAUCGCAGCAACCUCCGCCGCCACUGCCGCAGGUUAAUAUCAGCAAUCCAGCAGAAGUAGGCAGCGCUGCAGUCAACUUGACUACAGUGGCCAAAAGCAACGCAACUUUGCCAACGCCUGCCUCGAAUGCAACUUCCAGCGUUAAUCUUCCAGCAGUGGGUUCAAAUUCUGCUUCCAAUGUGACUGCGACUUCAACAACGUCCACAACAACUUCAACGACGACUACGUCCACAACAACAACCUCUACGACCACCACUACCACCACAACAACAACGACAAAACCUCCAAAGAAGCCAAAAAUCACCUACUCGGUUGACGACGAACCGAAACUGCUCCAAGCGGCCAAACCCGGCUACAACGCGGGAUCAUCCGUGAGCGACGCCAAUGGACAUCUCCACGUGGAGGAACCCCUGGCGGAGCUUUCGAAGGAGUACAUUCCGCCGGCGUUGAUGGGACCGCCUCGUGGUCACCGGGAGUACGUGGUCCCCGUGGUCACUCUGAUCUUCGCGAUUCCUCUGCUGAUGGGACUGUUCCUGCUGUCCUACCGGCGGGCGAAGGAGUUCUGGCUGACCCGGCACUACCGCCGGAUGGAUUUCCUCGUGGAUGGAAUGUACAACUAUUAGUUGGAAGCAUUUAAUUUAUAAGAUGUUCGGUAUCGUGCAAUAAUCAGCGAGAUUCCUUCCCCUUUCCGGCAGAAAAGCUUUUCUGACAAUAAAUUUCGACUUUUGAAAUACGCAAUACAGAUAAUCUAGGGGCCGCUGAUUGUUGCGCGAUACACCGUUACCGAAUUGAAUUCUCAUCGAAGCAACCCGAAAACAUUUGUGCAAAUCAAAGCAAGCAACUUCUGCCAACAUUAGAAAAAAACUUCUGAUCUAUUUAAAUGUAUAAACGUUACACUUUGAUUUGUAACCCCUUUAAAAUCCACUAGCCAACAAUGUAACAUGUUUCGCUAAAACGGCCGUUGCUUUCAAAAAUUCCCGUAAUCAGUAGAUAAUGCUCACUUACACGCAGGUUUUUCGACAAGAAAAGAAAUCGUAAUAAUCUAGCUAAAAAAAAAUAUCAGAAAACAUAAUCUUAAGACAUGACCGCAGCAGAUCAAGAGUAGGGUCCCUGAGUUAAGGAGCGAAGUGCCUUUUUGCAUGAGUUUAUACGUAAAACUGAGUAAAAAUCAGACCAUUAUUAGAUAACUAGCCAAACGAUAAGGAAACGGAUGUCUUCGCCCGGAGAAGGUGGUUAGAAAAAUGUUCUCCGAUCAUUGUUUUGAGUUCAUUUCUCCUAUUUGCUGUUUGUGUAGUUGAGAGACAAGUGGAUCGACUGAUCGACUUUGUUUUAAGGAAUUCUGUGGCAGAAGCAGGGAUUUAAUGGAAACUAUCAGAAGAAGUUGUGAUUUGUUAUUGUUUUUUAUAUACCUACUAUGUGAAAUAAUUUGUAGGAAGUGAUACUAAUAAACGAUAAUUUGAAUAAA